UUUUUUUUUUUUUUUUUAAUCUUGCACUUUGAAACCGCAGGGCUGUAGCAGGGUGCGCGUGUGGUUGGUGCUUGCCUUUUUUUUUUUUUUUUUUUUCCUUUCCCUUGCCUAAACUCCUCUGUCAGCCUGUAAACAUUACCUGAGAAUUCCCCAGCCGAAACGGCUGCUGGGGCAAGAAACUUCUUGUUAGAACUUUCCACCUCCGGCUUCCCCUCCACCUCUCUUAGCGUCCCAACUUUUGAAGACGCUUUUUCUCCUCCCGAGGCGAAUUUACUUUUUUUUUUUCUUCUUCUUCUUCCCGUUUUUCUCACCCGGUACUUUGCAUUUAGGAAGAGUUGAUUUCACGACUGGCCAGGUGGGACGCCUCUCUCCACCUGAUUCAGUUUAUUUACUAUUGCGUGAGGUGUUUUCUUUUUAAUUCCGGUUUUGUUUGGUCGGGGGAAUUUCGCCCCCUGCCCGGCUCCGCGACGCGGAGGAUGGUGUGGAAAUGGCUGGGCGCGUUGGUGGUGUUCCCUCUGCAGAUGAUCUAUCUGGUGGUGAAAGCAGCCGUCGGACUGGUGCUACCCGCCAAGCUGCGGGACCUGUCGCGGGAGAACGUCCUCAUCACGGGCGGCGGGAGAGGCAUCGGCCGCCAGCUAGCUCGCGAGUUUGCAGAGCGCGGCGCGAGAAAGAUCGUCCUGUGGGGUCGGACUGAGAAAUGCCUGAAGGAGACCACAGAGGAGAUUCGGCAGAUGGGCACAGAAUGUCACUACUUCAUCUGUGAUGUGGGCAACCGGGAGGAGGUAUACCAGACUGCCAAAGCUGUCCGGGAGAAGGUAGGCGACAUCACUAUCCUGGUGAACAACGCCGCUGUGGUCCACGGGAAGAGCUUGAUGGACAGCGAUGAUGAUGCCCUCCUCAAGUCCCAGCACAUUAACACCCUGGGCCAGUUCUGGACCACAAAGGCCUUCUUACCGCGCAUGCUGGAGCUGCAGAACGGCCACAUCGUGUGCCUCAAUUCCGUGCUAGCUCUGUCGGCCAUCCCCGGCGCCAUCGACUACUGCACCUCCAAGGCCUCGGCCUUCGCCUUCAUGGAGAGCCUGACCCUGGGGCUGCUGGACUGUCCAGGAGUCAGUGCCACCACCGUGCUACCCUUCCACACCAGCACCGAGAUGUUCCAGGGCAUGAGGGUCAGGUUUCCCAACCUCUUCCCACCACUGAAGCCAGAGACGGUGGCCCGGAGGACGGUGGAAGCUGUACAGCUCAAUCAGGCCCUUCUCCUGUUGCCGUGGACGAUGCAUGCCCUCAUCAUCUUGAAAAGCAUACUCCCCCAGGCUGCCCUGGAGGAGAUCCACAGAUUCUCAGGAACCUACACCUGCAUGAACACUUUUAAAGGACGAACAUAGAGGCACGAUGCAGCAAUGCACUGGAGAAACCACAGAGACUGAGGGGCCACGGCGCCUGGGAUCUGCCCGCAGAUCUGUCCCUCGACACACUUCUGCUGGGUGGCCAGGACUGUGCCUGCCCAGAGGGAGAACCCAGCUGUCCUCCAGCCAGCCCCAGGACCUUUGCACAAGCGUUACUCUGAGCCUUGUGGGGAGGCAAGACAGCAGCCAGCAGCCACCUGGACACUUCUGUAUAUUUCUAAUUCGGUAGAGUUUAUUGAUCAAUUGCUUUUCAAAUCUAACCAGCCUUGGCAAUGUGCAUAGACUUUGUUUCAGGGAGGAGUUGUCCCUGGAGGCCCCUCCUGCACCUCUACAAUCCACUCAUCCUUCAGCUUGAGCAGACCAGCUGAACGGCAGGAACGAGAAAUAAAGAGCGUUGGCU